AUGCAAAACUUUGGAUCUAAUGUAUUACUUAUCUAAACUAGAAUGACUUGGAUGAGAAAGGACAUGUCAUGACUGAUUAACCUAAGAUCAAAGUGAAAUUUGAACCUAAACCUAAACCUUCAAAAUGUCCCAUUUGCACAAUUGAAUUCUAUUAGCAAUUCUUUAAUAUUGAAUAAAGGGAUGUUUACAUGAGAGUUCGCUGUUCUAUUUUAUCUUGGAAACCUGAAUUUCAUGAAUGCGUUGGCAAAAAUUCUGAUUUGUGGGGACCUUUAUGGAUUUCAACUACAAUUAUAUUCAUCCUAUUUGCCGGAGGAAAUCUAUCUCGCUUUCUAUUGGAAGAGGAUAAGAGACAUUUUAAAUACGAAUAUAAUUAUAUGUAUGUUGCUGUGUUUUUAGUAUAUGCUAUGGCAUUUAUAAUACCAAUAAUAUUAGGAGUGAUUAUAAAAUAUAUUCUAAAAAGUGAAUUGGGAGUCUUUGAUAUAGUCUGUAUGUACGGAUAUUCAUUGAGUGUUUAUAUAUUUGUCCUAAUUUUAUGCAUAAUUCCGUAUAAUGAAGCCUAAUGGUUCUUUUUGAUGUGUGGACUUGCAAACAGCACUAUAUUCUUGCUGGUUAAUUUAAGGGAGUAAUAUAAUUAAUUCUAUUAAUAGUUUUAUGAAAAAGAAUAAGUAAACUUUGCUAAUAGCUGUUCCAAUUAUAACAUUCAACGUAGCUUUAAUUCUUUGUUUUAAAUUCUACUUUUUCAGACUAAUAUACGCUGUAGAUGAUUGA